AUGACAAGAAUUAACAUCCAUAGUGCGUCACCACUAAGCGCAAGCUCCUCUGCGCAAUCCCUGGUCGAACUCGACAAGCAAACACUUUCAACAGAGGAAAAGCAGAUAGCGACCGAGCCAAAAGACAUGGAGGAGGUACCGCUCAUGCUCGCAUCAGACUCCAAAUCAUCGGAAACACCACCUGAGCAAGCUGAACAAGCAUCAUUGCCCUCCAUGAGCAGUACACCCAGUCGAACAGUCCCACGCCUCAACACAACCACCCGAAUCAACACAAACAGUGGCCCUCUCCCAUGGAAGAUCGACGAAACAUCAUCGCCCUACUCACCUAUAUCAAGGAAACCCUCCUUCGUCCCACCACCACCACGCUCGCGAGCUUCUCGCACUAGCAUCGGCGGCGCACAACAUCAACUCCCAACCCUACAAACCUUAUCCUCCUCCGCCAACUACAACAACUACUCCCCACCAACUCCCUACACCUACAGCAGCAGCCCAAACAGCCAGACCGUCGACCUCACAAGUCCCCCAGGCUACUCCCAAAACUCCCACGACUCAUUCAGCGAUCGCUCGCCCUACGAGAACAGCACACCAUUUUACAGCAACAGCCACUCAUUUAGCGUCUCGAGUCCAGUGACUCCAACACGACGCGGUGGAGGUAUCCUUGACAACGAUCCGGAUAUCUAUCUGCGAGGAGAAGGCGAUGCAGACGAGGAGACGAUGUGGGAUACGGCGGCCAAGUGGGCGAAGAUUGCUGGGAAGAGGUUGAGUCAGGGUGAGCAGCAGCUGUGGAAGAUGGUGAGUGCGGUUACGAACACUGAGGGUGAGGACUGA